AUGGUUGGUUGCGAAUUAUCACCAAUUUUUUGCCGGCGGAAUCCGAUGGGCGCCAUCAUCGGCGUGAUCAUCAUCGCGAUCGUACUCAUCGCGAUCUUCGCCCCCUUGGUGGCCACGCACCAUCCGACUCUGGAUGCCGAUUUUAAGGCCCUUCGUGAACCGCCCAGUUCGGCGCAUUGGGUGGGAACCGAUAACAUCGGGCGGGAUUUGUAUAGCCGCGUUGUCCACGGUUCCCGUAUAUCAUUGUUUGUAGCCCUGAUUGCCGUGAUGGUGGGCGACCUGUUUGGAGCGGUGUGGGGUGUGGCAACCGGUUAUAUCGGCGGAAAAUUCGAUACCUACAGUCAGAGAGUCCUUGAACUGAUGAUGUCCUUCCCCACGCUGAUUUUGGCUAUGAUUCUGGUGCUGGUCAUGGGCGCCGGCGUCUGGACGGUUAUCGUCGCCAUCGGUUUUACGCGCGUCCCGCUAUCCGUGCGCGUGAUCCGAUCCGUCACCCUCAGCGUCAAGGAGAACGCGUAUGUGGAUGCGGCUCAGGCCAUCGGGGCAUCUGGUAGUCGCGUUAUGCUGAAUCACAUUGCCCCUCAAUGCGUCGCUCCGUGGCUGGUACUGGCGACCGCCCACCUGGGUUCGGUCAUCAUUCUGGAGGCUUCGUUGGGGUUCCUGGGCGUGGGCGUGCCGUUGCCCACUGCCACGUGGGGCAACAUGCUUGGUGGCACGGUGGCGGGCGGGUUAGUUCCCCAUUGGUGGAUGGUGAUUUUCCCCGGUUUGGCAAUAACCAUAACCGUGCUGGCGUUCAACCUCUUUGGCGACUCGAUUCGGGACGCCCUGGAUCCCAAGUUGCGCGGGCGCACCUAG